AUGGGUGGUAGUUUUUCCUCUUGUGUUUGUGAUGGGGAUGCAACCCCUAUGAGGCCAAGGCUUGGAGAUUUACCCGAGAGCUGUGUGGCAUUGUUGUUGAUGUAUUUGGACCCACCAGAUAUUUGCAUGCUUGCACGAUUGAACAGGGCGUUUCGCGAUGCUUCGUUAGCUGAUUUCAUUUGGGAAUCAAAGUUGCCUUUGAAUUAUAAGUUCAUCGUGGAGAAAGCUUUGAAGGAUGUUUCUGUAGAAGACUCGGGGAAGAGGGAUAUUUAUGCUAGACUCUGCAGGCCUAAUUUGUUUGACAACGGGACCAAGGAAAUUUGGCUGGAUAAGAGGACGGGUGGGAUGUGUAUGGCGAUUUCUUCCCAAGCGUUGAGGAUUACAGGGAUAGAUGAUCGGAGAUAUUGGAGUCGCAUUUCGACAGAAGAGUCAAGAUUCCAUACAGUUGCUUAUCUUCAACAAAUUUGGUGGCUUGAAGUGGAAGGAGAUGUUGAUUUUCAAUUUCCACCUGGGACAUACAGUGUUUUCUUCAGACUCCAGCUUGGCCGAUCUUCCAAGAGACUAGGUCGUCGAGUUUGUAAGACUGAUGAUAUUCAUGGUUGGAAUAUAAAACCUGUAAAAUUUCAGCUAACAACUUCUGAUGGUCAACAUGCUGUAUGCCAAACUCAUUUGGAUAACCAUGGGCACUGGGUUCUCUACCACGCAGGAAACUUUGUUUCUAAGAAUCCAAAUGAUCUGAUGAAGGUCAAAUUUUCAUUGGCUCAGAUUGAUUGCACGCAUACCAAAGGUGGUUUGUGUGUAGAUUCUGUUUUUAUAUGCAAUAGUGAUGUAAAACAAGAGUUGUAG